UGACGCGGGGCCUGGGCGGAAGUGCGGCCCGAGCAGCCGAGCCCCAGCCGGGAGCAGGUCUCCGGGUCCCGGGCGCCGGGCACUGCUGGGCCUGCCUGCCUUCCUUCCAGCCAUGGCGAGCGUGGCGGGCGCGGGCCCACUGCGGCUGGGCGGCGGGACGCUCGGCCUGUCCGCCCUGGCGCUCUCGCUGCUGCUGCUGGUGCAGCUGUCAGCCGCCAAGAAUUUCGAAGAUGUCCGAUGUAAAUGUAUUUGUCCUCCCUAUAAAGAAAAUUCUGGGCAUAUUUAUAAUAAGAACAUAUCCCAAAAAGAUUGCGACUGCCUUCAUGUUGUAGAGCCCAUGCCUGUACGUGGGCCGGACGUUGAAGCAUACUGUUUACGCUGUGAAUGUAAAUAUGAGGAAAGGAGCUCUGUUACGAUCAAGGUUACCAUUAUAAUUUAUCUCUCCAUUUUGGGUCUUCUGCUUCUGUACAUGGUGUACCUUACUCUCGUUGAACCCAUAUUGAAACGACGCCUCUUUGGACACUCACAAUUAAUACAGAGUGAUGAUGAUGUUGGGGAUCACCAACCUUUUGCAAAUGCUCACGAUGUCCUGGCCCGCUCUCGCAGCCGUGCCAAUGUGCUGAAUAAGGUAGAGUAUGCCCAACAGCGCUGGAAGCUUCAAGUUCAAGAGCAGCGAAAAUCCGUCUUCGAUCGUCAUGUUGUUCUCAGCUAAUGAAAUUCAAGGCAGUAGAAUGGAAUAAGGCAAACAACUGGAAAAGUUGUGUUUUCCUGGGUUUUGUUUUAAUAUCUCCCAUUAAUUCUAGCAGUUCUUGCUGGAAAUUUCAAAACUGGAAACACAAACCUUGCUUGUAAUUUUCUUUUCUUGUUCAUGUAUUAAUAGAAACAUUUUUAAAAACACACCUAAAAUUCAGCCAAUAAACUUUUUCCUAUUUGUGAACUUUCCUAAUAAAAAUAAAUCUGCCUGUGAAUUAUCUUGAAGCCCUCACCUGAAAGACAUUCCUUUUCACCACACAGUUGUAACUUGGUCUUCAAGAUAAUUUGCAGUGUUGAUUUUUUUGUUAUUUUCUGGCAGGGAAGGGAAGGGAUUCGUGGGUGUGUGUAAUCUAAUUUUUCUCAAGGCACUUUACUAAGUCAAAUUUUGUAAAUAGGCUUUACCUUCUAUUUUCAAGUUUCAUUUAUAUGUUACAGCAUAGCCUGUCUCAUCAGAGCCAGGACUUACCCAUUUGAAUUUUGCACUGACUCUAUUAUAUCUAGGUAUGUGGUAGGGCUGUGGCUGUAUUAAUGAAUGGCUGUACUUAAUGAGUCUGAAAUGUGCGGUGGCUCUUCACAAAAUGCAGAUUCUUUUCACAUACUGUGAUGUCUGAUGCAAUGCAUCCUAGAAUGAACUGGCCCUUUGCUGGUUAAUGACUAAGCAUAGUCUUAGUGUAUAUAGUCUUUCUCAUGUAGUAUCUCUAAGGAUGAAUCCUAAGGACCUGGACAUUUGCCAUAAAGGAAUUUCCUUUUAAAACCCAAUGCUCCCUGGACUUAUGACAUACACGUAUUUAUUAGCAUUUCCUAUCAUGUUGAGAGGCUAUGGUGGGUGCAAGCUUUGAACUUGGACUAGAGUUCUGGGUUCCUCCUCUGAAGGUACAAAAGCUACUGGAUAACUAGCUGCUUUCUUUUUCCUGCCUCUUUGGAAUGUAAUAAUAAAAGUAAUUUUUGAAACACAA